UCAGUACGACCGUUCAAUUCAAAGGAUUCAGUUUAGUUAGUAAUGGAUUUCCUGGUGUUAAUCGUGGGUGUCCUGAUAGGAGCUCUAGUGUUGGUACUAUGGAUGGAGCAAAAAUUUACGUAUUGGAGGCAACUGGGUGUCCCAUACGAGGAACCGGACUUUUUUUACGGAAACCUCAAGGGGGUGGAUCAAUACCAACACGAUGGUUUAUUAACUCAAAAAUUCUACGAAAAAUUUAAGGGAAAAGGCCCAUUCGUGGGAGUCUACUUUUUUCUAAAACCAGUCGCAAUCCCUACUGACAUUGAGCUCGUGAAAAAUAUUCUUAUUAAGGACUUCAACUUUUUCCAUGAUCGUGGUUUGUACUACAACGAAAGGGAUGAUCCUUUGUCGGCGCAUUUGCUUAAUUUGCAAGGACUUAAAUGGAAACAAAUCCGAACUCAAAUUUCACCGACGUUCUCAAGUGGGAAAAUGAAAAUGAUGUUCACGACAAUGGCAAGGGUAGCGCAAAAAUUUGAAAAUAAAAUUGAGGAAGUUUGUAAAGGUGGAGCCGAAGUGGAUGCAAAAAAAUUGAUGGCUCGAUUCGCUGUGGAUGUCAUCGGAACCUGUGCAUUCGGGUUGGAAACGAACAGUCUAGAAGACGAUACCAAUGAAUACUUCCGGCUUGGAUUAAGUGUUUUUGACAAUCCCAGGCAUGGGACCAUGUUCAUGAUGCUUUUAUUGGCUUUCCAGGAGUACGCGAGAAAGUUCCGUUUAAAAUUUUUCCGUGAUGAAGUCAUCAACUUCUACACAAAAGUAGUACGAGAUACAGUUCGCUAUCGUCUGGCUAAUAAUGUAGAAAGAGAUGAUUUCAUGCAACUAUUGAUUAAGUUACAUACGAGUCAUGGGAAGGAUAAUUUAUCUUUUAACGACCUCUUGGCCCAAGCGUUUGUGUUCCAUGUGGGAGGAGUCGAGACCUCCGCUACAACGCUUCAGUUCUGUUUCUACGAACUUGCCCGUAAUCCCGAUCUUCAAAGUGAGGCCAGGAAUCAUAUUAAUGAGGUGCUGAGGAAGCACAAUGGCGAGUUAACCUAUGAAGCCUUGAAGGACAUGAAGUAUCUUGAACAAGUUAUACUCGAAACGCUUCGUAAGUAUCCUCCUGCUGGGACUCUGGUGCGAGAAACUACCCAGGACUACAAAAUUCCUGGAACUAAAUUCAUUCUUGAAAAGGGCACCUGCAUAUUUAUACCAGCCUAUGCCAUACAUCAUGAUCCUGAAUUUUAUCCAAAUCCGUUGAAAUUCAAUCCGGAAAAUUUUUCAGUAGAAAAUGUGAAGGAUAGGCCAUCUGCCAGUUUCUUGACGUUUGGAGAAGGACCACGACGUUGUAUAGGUGCUCGGUUCGGCAUGAUACAAGUGAAAUUGGGGGUGAUAGCGGGGUUGCGUAGAUUCAGAUACUCCGUAUCGUCGAAGACUAAGGAACCAUUAAAACUUCUAACAAAAGCUUUAGCUAUUCAGGCGGAAGGAGGUAUUUGGUUGAAUAUUGAAUCAAUGGAUUGAGUUACAAGUUGAAGUGUGUUAAGUAAUUCUAAGACCCUGAAAUAUCAAAGGUAUACUUUUGGGUAAAUAUAAAUAAUGUCGAUUGA